AAAAUGCUCCAAACCAGAUAUUAACUGGAGUUAAAAGGAGGGACUCCAGAAUGCGCAGCCUCUCUCCACACAGUCACUUCCCUCAGUCAAAGAUGUCUACAGCACAGCAUCCCUGAAACCAGGAGGGAGAGGAAGAGAAAAAAAGAUGAGAGACAGUCUCAGAUCUAACACUCGUUCCAAGUAGAGAGAGAGAGAGAGGAGAGGAAGCACAGAGCCUCGGGGAGAAAAAAAAAACACAACCACCAAAAUAUCAAGGAAUAUGAAUGAUGAAUCUACCAGGAACCUGCUGUUUCUUGGAGAGGCUGAUAGCUUUGGUCCUCUGUUCCUGUCUCCAGCCUUUUGGUGCAACGGCAGUUCCGCAUCAGAACCAGAGUGAUGGAGAGCGCUCGGCAUCGCAAUCCGGUGCACCAACAAACCACAGCAGCGAUGCAAUUCAGCGAGAAAUAACGUGGCCUUUACGAUUGAUCUAUUACGUUUACGAUGACAAUGAGAGCACUUACCAUAUCCUGGACACAAAAGCCAGGUAUCAGCAAAAAGAUGACCAGGCUGUUCACCUCACUCACGCAAGCUUCCAAAUUGAGGCCUUCGGAUCCACGUUCAUCCUGGACAUUACACUGAACCAUAACCUGCUGUCCUCCAAGUACACAGAGAUCCAUUAUGAGAAACAAAAGACCUUCUUAUCAAAGGGUGGAGAACAUUGCUAUUAUCAAGGGCAGAUCCGGGGGAAUAACAAAUCCAAAGUGGCUUUGUCUACGUGCGAUGGGCUGCAUGGGAUGUUUGAUGAUGGCAACUACAUGUACGUCAUUGAGCCCAUGUCACAGACACACACUGAGGGGGAUUCUGCAAGGCCACAUAUAUUACACCGGAUGCCUGGACUCAGAUCUAUGGAACAACAUCCCGACUCUGCUUCUCUCUCAGAUGAACAGAGAAAGGCUAACACUUCAUGGGCUUUCCUGGCAGAUGUUCCCUGGCUGCGAAGGCGGAGGAGAAAGCGAGCACUUCAUCGCAGCGUCUUCAGUGAAAUGAAAUACCUGGAACUGAUGAUCGUCAAUGACCACAAGAUGUACAAGUUGCACCGCUCCUCCCGCGCCCACGUCAACAACUUCGCCAAGUCCGUGAUUAACCUGAUCGAUUCCAUCUUUACGGAGCAGCUCAACACCAGGGUCGUGGUUGUCGCUGUGGAAACGUGGUCAGACAAGGACAAGGUUGAAGUGAGCCAGGACCAGAUGCAGACUCUGUGGAGCUUCUCAAAGUACCGGCAGCAGUAUAUCAAGCAGCAAGCUGACACCGUCCAGCUACUCUCGGGGACUAUAUUCAAAAGCAGCAGGAGCAGCAGAGCUUUCUUUGGAGGCGUUUGCUCCCCAGCCCGUGGCAUAGGCGUGAAUGAGUAUGGACAUGUGUGGUCAAUGACUCUCAUAUUGGGACAGAGUCUUGCACAGAACCUGGGGAUCCAGUGGGAGCCCAAUUCCCGCAGAAAACGGAAGGAAUGCGAGUGUCCUGGGUCCUGGGCUGGGUGCAUCAUGGAAGACACAGGCUAUUACCACCCACACAAGUUUUCCAAAUGUAGCAUUGCUGAGUACAAGGAAUUUUUACAACGUGGUGGAGGGGCCUGUCUCUUUAACCGACCAACAAAGCUGUUCGAAACUACCGAAUGUGGAAACGGAUACGUGGAAUCAGGGGAAGAGUGUGACUGUGGGUUACGAAUGGAAUGCUUCGGAAACUGCUGUAAAAAGUGUUCUCUUGCCAACGGAGCCCACUGCAGCGAUGGACCCUGCUGUAAUUUCACCUGUCAGUUCUUCAAGAGAGGCUACGAGUGCCGAGAUGCAGUGAAUGACUGUGAUAUAACAGAGUUCUGCCCAGGAGACUCUGGCCAGUGUCCGGCAAACCUGCACAAGCGAGAUGGAUAUGGCUGUGAUUUCAACAAGGGGCGUUGUUUCAAUGGAGAAUGCAAAACCAGGGAUAACCAAUGCAAAUUGAUCUGGGGCUCAAAAUCCAGAGGGUCGGAGAAAUUCUGCUACGAGAAACUGAACACUGAAGGCACAGAGAAAGGCAACUGUGGGAAGGACGGUGAUAAGUGGCUCCAAUGCAGCAAACAUGAUGUGUUCUGCGGCUACCUCCUCUGCGCUAGCAUUAGUCGAGUUCCGCGAAUUGGCCACAUUGGCGGUGACGUCACUCCCACGUCCUUCUACCACCAGGGAAAGCUGGUGGACUGUAGCGGUGGGCACAUCAUAAUGGACGACUCAACGGACCUGGGCUACGUGGAGGACGGGACUCCAUGCGGACCAUCCAUGAUGUGCUUGGAUCGAAAGUGCCAGACCAUUCAGUCCUUCAACAUCACUAACUGUCCCAUCGGCUCAUUGGCGAAGGUUUGCUCCGGCCAUGGGAUUUGCAGCAAUGAAGCCACUUGUAUCUGCAAGGGGACGUGGGCAGGGACUGACUGCAGCAUGUACGAUCCUAAACGGCACGUCUUAAAGAAGCCUCCGGAAGGCCCCAGGGGUCCUAGUGCCACCAAUCUUAUAAUAGGGUCCCUCGCAGGCGCCAUCCUGGUGGCUGCUAUUGUCCUUGGGGGGACAGGAUGGGGCUUUAAAAAUGUCAAGAAAAGAAGGCAUGAUCCGAGUCAGCAAGGUCCUUAUUGAGAGAAGUCAAGCGUCAGCCUCAGCUCUGCUUAGCUGGAUUCUGGGUGUAGUUGCCUA